AUGAUGUCAGACAACGAAUUACUGCUAAGUACAUCUGGUGACGAGGAUGUCGAUUACACAGCCCCCAAAACGCCUUCUUACUGUCCUCCAACGGACACCAAAGAACACAUGGCGGAGGAAAAACAAAAUGAUGCUUACAUGAAGGCAUCUAUACUAAACCUGCGAUUAUAUCAUAUCAAAGAUACGCUCAUAACGUCCAAGACAAGAGUUUGCAGUAAGCACUUCAAGGAAGAGGACUACCAUUCUCCUGACUGUGCAGGCAGGCGCCUGCUCAAAGAAGGAGCUAUCCCCACUGUUWUUAAUUGGGCAGCUGCCUCAAAACCCAGACGGGAGAUAAUCAGACACAUCGAAAGUGCCACUCAGACAGAUGAGAGUGACAGCAAUGAUGAUGCUCCAUGUGCACCAGAAAAUGAUUCCCAAGCAAUGCUAAACGAAGAACUUCAACAGACUAAGGCACAACUUCAUGCUGCACAAGCUGAGCUUGAAGAGCUAAGAAGAGAAUCAGAAAGGACCAAUAGAGAAGCAAAUGCUGCACUUGUUCUUGUGCAGCAAGAACUUCAAAGACACAAGGAGCAAGCUGCAGCUGAACUUAACAUUUUCAAGUUUGGCAUUGAGAGAUUCUCUACAGAUGAUGAUGCCAUCAAAUUUUACACUGGAUUCUGUUCAGAUAAACAUUUUAUACUUUUUUAUGAUUUCAUAAAGCCAACAGCAGAAACAAUGACAUAUUGUUAUGCAUCUGGUAUCCUUGAAAACCGCCCAAAUAUCCGGGCUAUGCAUUUGAUAGAUGAAUUGUUUAUGUUUCUUGUUAGGAUUAAACUAGGGCUUUUUCAGCAGGACCUCGCUCACCGCUUUAAUUUA